CAACAGAAUGAUUUUCUUCAUUAUUUUCCUGGCUGUUCUACUUCUCAUCUUUAGCAGACAUUUUUUGUUUGGAAUAUUCCGGCAACAAGGUCCCAAUGAACCCCCUCUGGACAAAGGACCACUGCCUUGGCUUGGCCAUGCUCUGGAGUUUAAAAAAGACAUUCCAAAGUUCCUCCUGCGCAUGCAAAGGAAACAUGGAGACAUUUUUACUGUGCAGUUAGGGGGGUACUAUUUUACCUACUUAAUGGACCCUUUUUCAUUUGGAGGAGUAGUGAAGGAAAGCAAGACAAAACUGGACUUUGAGACAUUUGCCAAAGACCUAAUACUGAAGGUAUUUGGCUAUCAAUCCAUAGAAAAUGAGCACAAACUUUUAAUGGCUGCAAGCAACAAACAUCUAAUGGGGAAAGGAUUGGAAGUGACUACCCAAGCAACAAUGGAAAACCUCCAGUAUCUGAUGCUUCCUAGUGAUGGAAACUGGGAUAAUGGAUGGAAACAUGAUGGUCUUUUUAACUAUAGCUUUAACAUUACCCUUAGAGCUGGGUAUCUGGCAUUAUUUGGCAGCCAGUUUCAGAAAACAAUGACUAAAAUGGAAAAAAAGAAAGAGUUUGAUCAUGCCUACUCAGAAAAUAUUUAUUGCAUUUUUAGGAAGUUUGAUAAAAUGUUUCCAGAGCUUGUCUAUGGUGUCUUGUCUCCAGCACGUAAAAAAGAAGCUGACAGGCUUAAGAAUUUAUUGUGCAAGUCGGUUUCUUUUUCAGAAAUAUCAAAACAUGAGAAUGCCAGUUUCUGGAUAACAGAACAAAUGAUCGAGAAAGCAAGUCUUGGAAUACCAGAAUGCAUGCUGGACAAAAACCUUCUAAUGCUUCUGUGGGUUUCUCAAGGUAACACAGGACCUACUGCCUUUUGGUUACUCUUGUUCCUCAUGAAAUAUCCUGAUGCCAUGAAAGCAGUGAGGGAGGAAGUGUUUAAAAUUUUGAAAGAAACUGGCCAAGAGGUGAAACCAGGUGGACCACUGGUGAACCUGACAAAGGAAAUGCUGUCCAAUACCCCAGUCCUUGACAGCGCAGUAAAUGAAACCCUUCGUAUGACAGCAGCACCUAUCCUGACAAGAGCUGUGAUGGAGAAUAUGACUCUAAAAAUGUCUGAUGGGCGGGAAUACUUUAUUCACAAAGGGGACCGGUUAGCCCUUUUUCCAUACCUUGCUGUACAGAUGGACUCAGAUGUAUACCCUGAUCCUUACAUUUUUAAAUUUCACCGAUUCUUGAAUGCUGAUGGAACAAAAAAGACUGAAUUUUACAAGAACAACAAAAGGUUAAAGUAUUUCAAUAUGCCCUGGGGUGCAGGAGUCUCAAUAUGUCCUGGAAGAUUUUUUGCCAUUAAUGAAUUAAAACAGUUUGCAUUUUUGAUGUUGGCUUACUUUGAAUGUGAACUAGUGAACCCAGAACAGGAAAUUCCGCCAAUCAGUUCCACUCGAUGGGGAUUAGGCUCCACACAACCAAUUAAUGAUGUACAAUUUAAGUACAGACUAAGAUGUUAAAUGAAAGUAUGCCAAACUGUCCUGAAAACUGCACAUCUGGAACAUUUAAGAAAAAGGCUAUCUUAAGAGAUAGGCAUAGUAUACAAUAACACACUUUAAAAAGUUGAUGCA